AUGAAUGAUAUGUUUGAAAUGAUUUAUGAUGCUGCUGGUCCCAAAAUAAUGGAUGAUUCUAGUGGAGUAAAGUUUCAACAAGGCGAUGCUUCAGAACCUACUUCCAAAAUUUUCAAAUUAUUGGAAGAUGCUUCACAACAACUUUAUCCAGGUUGUGAUACAUUCUCUAAGUUAUCACUGAUUGUGGAAUUGUUCCAAAUCAAAUGCCUUCAUGGUUUGAGUGAUAAAGCAACCGAUAGCAUAUUGAAAUUGAUCAAACGAGCACUUCCUUCUGGUGAAACUUUACCAGAGUCAUUCUAUGGAGCAAAAAAAAUGAUUCAAAAUUUAGGUCUUCGGUGGAAGUCAGUGGAAGGCCAAACAACUGAUGGAGCUAUUCAAGGAAAGAAUGAGAACAAAGUUCCUCGAAAAGUGUUACGUUACUUUCCCUUGAAACCAAGAUUGCAGAGGUUGUUUGUGUCAUCAGAAAUUGCUUCAGACAUGACAUGGCAUCAUGAUCGGCGCUUAAAAGACGGGGUUCUAAGACAUCCAGCAGAUUCUGAAGCAUGGAAACAUUUUGAUACAACUAAUCCUGGUUUUGCUAGAGAUCCGCGUAAUGUUAGACUUGGAUUAGCAUCUGACGGGGUAAAUCCUUUUGGUAACUUAAGUGUUUCUCAUAGCACUUGGCCAAUGAUUAUUACUGUAUAUAACUUACCCCCUUGGAUGUGCAUGAAGCAACCCUAUUGCUACUUGUCUUUGUUGAUACCUGGUCCUAAAGCCCCUGGAAAUGAUAUCGACGUGUACUUAGAACCAUUGAUAGAUGAGUUGCGAGAAUUAUGGUAUUAUGGAGUUGAUACAUUUGAUGCUUCAAGAAAAGAGAACUUUUGUAUGCGAGCAGCACUCUUAUGGACUAUCAAUGAUUUUCCAGCUUAUGCAAACUUGUCUGGAUGGAGCACAAAGGGAGCUUUGGCUUGUCCUUCAUGCAACAAAGACACUCCAUCUACUCGAUUGAAGUAUGGUCGUAAGUUUUCUUACAUGGGUGCUCGGAGGUUUUUAGCAUCUAAUCAUAAGUGGCGGAGUAAUAAACGUGAUUUCAAUGGAGAAGUUGAAAGAAGACCUGCUCCAAAUAUUCUAUCGGGAGAUGAUGCUGUACGCCAACUGCUUGCUUUGGGAGACAUGAAAUUUGAUAUUGAAGGAAAAACAAAAGAUAAUUUCAAUGCUCGUCGCAAUUUGAAGGAAAUGGGUAUAAGAAGAGAUUUACAUCCAACUUAUAGAGAUGGAAGAUGGUAUUACCCAGCAGCAUGUUAUUCUUUAUCACGAGAUGAGAAGUCUAAAGUAUGCAAGUUCUUGAAAGUGGUUAAGGUUCCAAAUGGUUAUUCUUCCAGUAUAUCACGGUGGGUGAAGUCAGAGGAUCGUAAAAUUAAUGGAUUAAAGAGUCAUGAUUCACAUAUUUUAUUGGAACAACUACUUCCUCUUGCAAUUCGUGGAGUCGUGCCAAGCAAUGUCUAUGAUGCUAUCACCGAGUUAAGUAUAUUUUUUAAAGAAUUGUGUUUGAAAACACUAAGGGUUGAUGUUUUGGAUCAACUUGCAGCUCAAAUUCCAAUAACACUGCAAAUUAGAAAAGAUAUUUCUACCAGCCUUUUUUGA